AUGGCUUCAAGUCAGGAUCCCGAGAGAGCGAAAAUUCAAAAGUGGCUCGAAGAUUUCCACGCCGCCUCCGCCACCCUCUCGGCCUCGCACUGGUGCAACAACUUCUUCUCGCCGGACAUAGUGCUGCAAUUCGGCAAUUACCCUCCCAUUCAAGGCUUGGAAAACGUCCGCGACACGUUCUUUCCGCCGCAACUAGCCCGUCUGGAUCUGAUGGAACAUUACGUCGAGUAUUUCGACUACGUGCCGCCGAGGAUCUACCAGGCCGCGAGGAUAAAGUAUCGUGUCAAGGGCGAUGAUCCGAGCGGCAAGGAUGAUGUGGAGGUUCCAGGCUUCGCGACGUUUUAUGUCAGGGAGAGAGGGGAGGAGGAUGGAAAUUUGGGUGACGGAGGGGACAAAGGCGGAUUGAUUUGCUACCGUAUGGAGACGUUUAUCGACACGAGGCCGUUGGAGAAGAGGAUGCAUGAAGUUUUCGAAGGUGAACAAGCCAAGGGCGCAUGA